CGGGGGGUGGUGCCACAGCUGCUGCAGCGGCUGCAGCAGCUCGAGAUCCGGCCGCAGCAGCAAGACCUCACCCCCUUCAACGACGUGCUGCUGUGGGAGUCGCUGCUGCCCACGGAGCUGCUGGCCCGCGUGCUGCACGAGGGCUUUAUGCGUCAGUGGCUGCAUGUGCUUCGGCUGUGGCUGUCUGCUGCUGCAGCAAACCCCACAGAAAUUCGCGCCUGGUUCAAGGCCUGGCAGGCGCUGCUGCCGCAGCCGCUGCUGCAGCACCCGCUCAUAGAGCGGGGCUUCACGGAGGCCCUGAAGCUCAUAGGCGGGGGCGCCGCCGUUGCUGCUGCACAGCUGCAGCAGCAGCAGCAGCAGGCUCCUGCUGCUGCGCCGCCGCCCACGCCGGAGCAGCAGCAAGACCUCUCGCUGCUGGAGCUGCUGCAGGGCAUGGCAGCAGAAAGGGGCCUCUGCUGCAGGCCCAAGAUAGGCAGGGUCGAGCGGGGCCACCAAGUGUAUGUACUCUCCAGGAUUUCUUUCUUUGUCGACGGCAGCGUCAUUAUGGCCAAACACAAAUCCCAGGGCCCCUGGCUGCCCUUCAGCGCGGAGCAGCUUUUCCAGUUUGUUGACCAGCACAAAAAAUGA